GAAUAAUUAAAAAGUAUUCCUAUUUAGAGGAACGAAGCUUUGGAGAAGUACGACAUAUUCAGCAGAAAAACAGCUAAAGGACGACCAAACUAAGAAAAGGAAAGAGAGAGAAUACAAAGUAUCAGAAAUGGAUGCUCAGCUCAUGCGGAGUCACUUCUCACAGGGGAGUCUCGGCGGGCUCUCUCCCUUCCCUGCUUACUCCUUCUCGUCUGCAGCUCACGCGCUUGGUUUCCACGUCUCACCGCCGGGUGCAUCGCCCGGAACUCACGGGGACCUUGCUAUCACGACAUCGAUGGCAGCAGCGGCUGCGGCGGUCAGGGUCCAGAGCUCUAUGAAGAAGGAUCUUAAACAUGUUUCCGGUGAUUGUUUUUCCUCCAAGAGCAAGAUGAUGAAGAUUGGAGGGAUCGAGGAUGAUCAUGAUAAAAAUGAUAAAGAUGACAAGGAUUCAAAUGAUAACAAGAGGAGGAGAAGUCGAACCAACUUCAAUGGUUGGCAGCUGGAGGAGCUUGAACGCGCCUUCAAUGAGAGUCAUUACCCAGAUGUCUUCACCAGGGAAGCACUCGCAAUGCGAUUGGACCUUGUUGAGUCACGUGUUCAGGUGAGGGUUUGGUUUCAGAACCGGCGUGCAAAAUGGCGGAAGAGGGAGAAUACUCGGAAAGGCCCCGGUCGCCCCGCCCACAACGCGCACCUGACAUCAUGCAGUGGAGACCCUAUCCCUCCUGAUGAACUUGAGCGAAGAGAGAGGAUGAAGAUGGAGAGGAAAAUCAAGAAACAAAAAGAGAAGACAGAUAAAGUACCGAAUCGACAGGUGUCGAGGAGAGUUGGUGGUGGCAGUCAGGCCGAAGGGAGUGGUGGUGGAGAUGGUGAGGAGAGAAGGCGAGACUCAUGUAGUUCCUCAACGGGUAUAUGUGUGGAUGGACCGGGAGGCUUCUUAGCGGACGGUCAUCUCUCCCAGAAAGACUUCAUGGAAAGCUCUAGCGCUGAACCUAGCGAGAUCGAUUCAGAAUGCAUGGACAGUAUGAGUAUUGAUACAACGGAGGAGCAGCGAAAACUCCCGGAUUCGCCGCGCUUCAAGUUAGCGGCACGAACACUCCUUAAUCCGCUGCGUGGCGUCGGGCCGUUACCGCGGUUCGACGGCGAUAAACUUCAAGAUUGCGACGCUGCCUCCGCAUUCCAUAGCUCGUUUAGUAUCGAUAGACUUCUGUCUCGCCAGCCGGAGCAGCACCGGGAUAUCAAACCAGGAACCGUCGCCGCAGCCGCCGCUGCCGCUGCCCUCUGGCCCGACUUCUGCCCUAGCUACGCGCUGGCAGCACCCAACCCUCUUGCGUGGGGCGCACUUACGACAUUCGGGUUCCCGAGGAUGUGGGCCGGUCUGACGGCUGAUCGACUAGCAGGUUGCCUGCGGGCUAACAGUCAGCAGAUGGGCCUGCUAGAUGCAUGGAGAGAGAGAAAGACAAUGAGUGUUGAGGCUCUAAGAAAGAAAGCACAGGAACAUAAAGAGGCGUUGAGUAAGAAUGAACUCAGCGACGGAUGAACAGAACUUGUAUAAAUAAAUGUAUCAAAUUAUUGUAGUGUAUGAUAGUUAUUAAUAUCUUACAAGUGUGGAGUGGAGGUUAUUGACAAAAAUAUUGAAGUUAUUUUGAAGAUUAAAUUAUAUUUACUUUUUAUGUGAAUCAGGAAAGAAUGAAUUUAUUAUAAGUUUAAAAAUCCAUUUUUUACCAAAUGGAAGAAAACAUGUAGGCCUAACGAUUGCCAUGGGAACUGUUUUCCAGGGCACGCAGGGGCGGGGACCUUUCGAUUUGUCUUCAUUCUGUAUUAAUUAAUAAUAUUAGAAAUUUUAUAUCAGUCUAAAAUCUGACCUUGGAUAUUUGCCUACAUAAAUACCAUGUUGUGGGUGUCACUCCCAAAACCUCGCCUUUGGCAAUAUGAGAAACUUACCAUAAUCAUCCAUGGUUAUUAAUGAUCAUCCAAUACAGCUCAUGUGGGCAAAUAGUGAUUCACUAUCAGUGUUUCAUAUCAGCUAGUAAGCCCAAUGGUUUCCAUUUGGUGUGCGUGCUAUAAUAUGUAGUGGCGUAGAAGCUUUAGGGUAUAUGGGUACACGCCCCCCCCCCCCCCCUCACCCACUGAAUAGUUAACACCGAGAUACGAAAUAGAGGGACAUAGAGAACGGACGAGAAUAACGUAUGGAUCAUUUCCUGUAUCCUUCCACUAAUCGGUAGCUUUGUAAAUGUGCAUUUAAUUUUCCGAGUAAGACCGGCGCCCCCCCCCCCCCCAUGGGCGGACACACACUACGCCAUUGCUGUUUUAUGCAAACAUAGUAUCCGAUGCUACCUCGGUUGUUAUCGUGAUUAUGGGGUUAUAUACAGUUGGGUAGUUAUUAAUAGGUAAAAUUAUUUCAAAGUUGACUGGUCAUUGAAUAGAUAAUACUACAUCGUAAACAUUCACUAUUGUGACUAAAUCGUCACUAGCUGCAAUUAAUCACUCACAUCACAAUUGGAUGUUAUUUAAUUUCUCAUUCCUGUGACAUACAUAAUGUGUUUACUGAUGUGCAUCUAGAGAGUGUGGGUUGAGGCACCUUGGUAAAUAAUAAUGGGUGGCCAUAAAAUUAUAUUAUAACCGGCUCUCGUAACUGACAGAGCCUUUUUCGCAAAACAUGAUGUUUGUCCUGCAUGUAUGAAUGUGCCGCUUUCGAGUAAGAUGGACCACUUUUAAAGGCACCAUUAAUCUUUUGAAAAUACAUUCUAUGAACUUAUUCCAAAAGAUAGUGGGAAGCAAAUCAUUUUGAGAGUGACAAGGUAUAUGAAAUGAAUUUUUUGAAUAAUCCAACUAUAUAGUUAUGAUGGUGAUUUUAACCAUGAUUCUAUAUAACGAUAGGAAUAGAAUUAGCUGAAAUGAUUUGUACAUCGUAUUGGGAUACUGGGUUUAUUAUGAGCAGUAUUUUUGCUAAGUAUUUUGAGGAAAGGUUAUGGACUUUACUCCAUCUUCUAGUUUCACAUUCAUAUCAAACCAAAAUUGAAGUUUAAAGACCAAAGAUCAACAUUCUUUAUUGCCAAAUUUUUUAACCGCCAAAAGUAUGUAAAACGAUUUCUUUGUUCGAUUGAAGAAACAAAAAUGACAUGAGGGCAAGGAUUUGUGGUUGUGAUAUUUCUCUCCAAGCCUUGAAUUCUUAUAAUGUUUGUCUGUUCGACAUGUAUGUUUUCAAGACUGGCAAACAUGUCUAUUUCGUUUUCUUCAUAAGUCUCUUAAACAAUACAAAAACCUAAUGGAAAUACACGCAGUGCUAUAUAUAUCUUGCUUUGUUAUCAUGGAGCAGCGAUUAUCUUUAAUACUAAUUACCGUACUAAAGAGGGAAAGACAAAUACAUGCUUCUUUAAACAUGUUAAAUGAUAUAAAUUGGCAAUAUCUUAAAAUGGGACAGUGAUGUUUAGCGCCUUUUCCAGAGAGAAAGAUUGUAACCUGACGUUAUAAGCACUAUGCAGAGAAUUAUUUUACCAUUACAGCAAAACAA